AUGGAGCUCUGUGAUACAUGCAAAGAGGCGAGGCAAGAAUGCACGCAUGAGUGUAUGCUAGCAACACCCUACAUGCGGUCGAACAAACCUGAGAAGUACUCUGACUUGUCUAAGAUGUUUGGGAUGAGAAAUGUAGUGAGAAUUCUCAAGGAAGUUGAUCCUAGCCAGAGCCAAGCUUGUGUGGACUCGCUAUGUUUCGAGGCAGAAGCACAUAUUCGCGAUCCAGUUUAUGGCACCGUUGGUAUAAUACACCUCCUCCAGUGUCGUCUUCAAGACAUUAAACUUAGUUUGGAAAUCUCUAAAAAGGAACUUGUGAAAAUAGGACAUGGACAAAACCAUCAGCCCCCGAAUGGAAGUUCACGUCUUUGA